AUGCAAAAUUCCAAAAUAUCUUCAAAUCAUUUGUCAUCACUUUCGUCAUUGAAUUCAAGUCAUCAUGAUUCUACAUCUAAUAAUCGUAGGAAUAGAUUAAAAAUUCCUGAUUUAUCUGAAUAUGAAUAUGUUGGCCGACUAGUAACACGCGAACGACCAAUUAUUCGAAAAUCAAAUACAUUACAUGAAAAUUUUAUGCCUUCUUUAAAUACAAAUAAAAAAUAUCGAUCGACGCAGUCUCAUCGUCAAACAAUUCAUGAAGAAAAUAUAAUGUCAUCAGAUGAAGACGUAAAUAGUCUCAAUAAGCCAUUCAGUGUAAUCAAAAUAAAUGAUCAACAUAUUCGAGAGAUUUAUAAAUUACCCACUCCACCACCUGAAGUCAAACGAGUUUUUCGUCGUCUUCGUUCGCCUGAACCAAAACUAAUCGAACGAAUAUUUGUUCGUCGACCAACACCAGAAAUUAUUGAAAAUAUUAUUGAAGUACCACGACAAAAAGUUCGUAUUGUCAAUCGAGAAAAAUAUUUACGUCAAUCAGAACCAAUUAUUCGAACAAAAUUUGUUCGUUUAAAACGACGUCAUCGCGAUCAAAAUGAAGCACAAUCACAAUCAUACAUUCCUUCUAAUCAAUAUCUUCAACAACCAACAAUAUCUACUUAUACUUCCCAACUAAAUCCAGAUUCUAUGAUUUAUUGUCAAUCAAGCAUUCUACCACAGGUUACAUUGAAGCCUAAAAUAUUACAAGCGCCUUGUUAUACUUAUUAA